GUGCUAUUUUCCCAUCAGUUGGAAGAGUGCUUCUUCCAGACAAGCACGUUUUGUUGAUGAGGACGGUCGGCAUGACAAAUUAUCUUUUUUUGUAUCAAUGUGGUCAUCAAAAAUAGUGAUAACAAGUGAUUAAAAAAUAUUACGACGAAGUUGUACAACAUCCCGGGAAUCAUUUAUUUAUUCACGUGUCUUAGGGUCAAUUUUAACCUAGUGGUAUUGCGUUUUUAAAUGUUAAUCGUAGGGAUCAAUUUUAGACGUUAUUAAUUAAUGCAAUAUAGGUGACAUUUUUAAUUUCUCGAUUGAUUUUCUGGUCAAUUAAAAUCAACAUUCCACAAUGGCUGGGAAUACGGAUGUGUACGAUGAUUUGUAUCUGUAUACAACAAACGAAAAAUUUUACGUCGAAGCAGUUGGUACAAAAGUGUUACUGAUCGUUGACAGAUUGAAUCAACAUAUCUUUACUCAAGUUGGGACAGCGAGUCAAAUUCCUCAAACAGCGAGCAGACGUAAGAUAUGGGGUGUAGUUGGAACAAUUCGCCUGCUAGCCUGUAGAUACUUCAUAGUCAUCACUGAUGCUGAACAAAUUGGGACUAUCGCCGGCCAGCAGGUCUUCAAAGCGAUCACAACCGAAGUUAUACCCUAUUCCCGAUCAGAUUUGCAUUUGAGUGAAAAACAAAUCCAGAAUAAUACAACGUACGUAGAGAUGAUCAAGACGGUGUUAAACACACCGUAUUUCUACUUCAGUUACACGUAUGAUCUCAGCCACUCAAUGCAGAGGCUGCACAAUACGCCACCGGAAUUUCUUCAGAUGCCGCUGCAUGAACGAGCAGACUCUCGCUUCAUCUGGAACGCUUACCUCCUAGAGGACUUAUCAUCCCGCUCGGAGCACUCGAAAUUCUGUUUGCCAAUAAUUCAUGGAUUCAUAUCCCUAAACACCGUUGUAGUAAAUGGUAUCUCUUUUAACUGGGGAAUAAUUUCCCGUCGUAGUGUUCACCGAGCAGGUACUCGGCUCUUCUCCCGAGGAAUAGAUACCAACGGUAACGUCUCUAACUACGUAGAAACAGAGCAAAUAAUUGAAGUGAAUGGAGAUCGAAGUUCCUUCGUCCAAAUCCGAGGUUCAAUUCCUCUGUUCUGGCAGCAGGCGCCUAAUCUAAAGUACAAACCAAAGCCCCAGUUGAGCUCGCACGAAAAUCACCAGGUUGCUGCUUCGAGACACUUCGAUACCCAAAUAUUUCACUAUGGAAAGCAAAUCCUCGUUAAUCUGAUAGACCAUCGUGGAGCUGAGGAUGUUUUGGAGAAAGCAUUCAGGGACAUUGUGGCGAGAAUAGCCAAUCAAAAUGUGAGGUACGAGGCUUUUGACUUUCAUGCUGAGUGCAGGCACAUGAGGUGGGACCGACUCAACAUCCUGAUGGACAGAUUAGCACAUGAUCAGGAGCAGAUGGGGUAUUUCCUGCUGUCCAGGGAUGGAGCUUUGCUCUCGGUCCAGGACGGUGUAUUCAGAACAAAUUGCGUUGACUGUCUCGACAGAACAAACGUUGUGCAAAGUAUGUUGGCUAAGAGGGCGUUGGUUGAUGCCCUGGGGAGGAUGGGGAUCCUGAGGAGGCUGGAGGACCAUCCCAGCUUGGAACAAUUGUUUAAACACGUCUGGGCAGACAACGCUGAUGUCAUUAGCACUCAGUAUUCAGGUACUGGAGCACUUAAAACUGAUUUUACCAGGACUGGGAAGAGGACGAAGAUUGGAGCACUGAGGGAUGGCAUCAACUCCAUGACUAGAUACUAUAAGAACAAUUUUGCUGAUGGAUAUCGUCAGGAUGCCAUUGACUUAUUCCUGGGAAGAUACAUCAUUCAAGACGGUGAAUGCAUGACUGUAAAAUGUCCAUUGGAGUUUGAAAGGAAUUGGCGUUACGCUACAUUCCCUUUGGUUCUGCUGCUAGCAUCUUCAAUGCUCAUUGCUCACAUCAUACUGCCAUCCAGCUACACCACAGAUGUUCUCCUGUACAUGCUUUUCUGGGGUGCCAUGGUGGCAGGUACAUUCGCGACAAUUAUCCAUCAUGGUAAACAAUAUGUGGAUAAGCCAAAACUGUUAUAGUCAUUGAUGCUUUCUCUAUCUUGAUUAUUAUUGUGACGAAGAUUCCAUUAAUUACAAUGAGUUCGUUGGAACGGUAUUCGGAGGGUAUAUAUGUAUGGGUUUGUCGUCUUUGACAAACUAUGUAGAAUAAAUAAAGUGUAUUUAAAUUUAGUAAGAA